AUGACGGUGCAAGUAUCAUCAGCCGAGAUUACCGACGAGGUCGAAGCGGCCGAAGCCGACUGGCGCUACCCCAUAGUAAAGUAUUUGCGCGAUCCCUACGGCAACCAUGAAAGGACUGUCGCUCGGUGUUAUUUGAUUUAUCAGAACGAGCUGUAUCGAAAAGGAUCAUACGGUUUAUUGCUCCUAUGCCCCAGCGCCGAAGAUAUCAAUGUCAUCAUGGCCGAAUCCCACAAAGGGAUUUGCGGCGCUCACCAGUCCGGUGUUAAGAUGAGAUGGUUGGUCUGGAGGCACGGCUAUUAUUGGCCGACCAUUUUAAAGAACUACAUAGAAUAUGCGAAGGGGUGCAUUAAGUGUCAAAUCUACGGCCCUAUACAAAGGGUACCGGCUGACGCCCUCCACCCAGUUACUAAUGGCUGUUCAGAGGAUGGACCGCGGAUAUCAUCAGCAAAAUCUACCCAGCCGCAUCCAACCAGCACGCCUGGAUUUUGGUGGCAACUGACUAUUUCACUAAAUGGGUCGAGGCGGAGUCCUAUCGGUCCAUUUCUAGCAAAUAGGUGGUCAGAUUCUUCGAAAAUCACAUCGUCCACAGAUUCGGUAUACCCGAAACCAUCAGCCGAGACUCGAGAAUACGCCGAGAGGGUAGGGAUCAAAUUGGUCCACUCGACACCCUACUACCCACAAUCUAACGGACAGGCCGAGGCGAGCAACGAGGUAAUCAAGGGCAUCCUCGAGAAAAUGAUUGAGGAAAAACCUAGGGCAUGGCACGACUUACUCCCUGAAGCCCUUUGGGCUUACUAA